AUGGUUUCCCAUGUCGCGAUUGCUGGAGCGACCGGCAAUCUGGGCUUCCCUAUCCUCAAUGCCAUUCUCGAGGCAGGAUGCAGAGUGACAGUCUUGCCGCGGAUCGGAGGAAACUCCUCCGAAUUGAAACCACACCCAAACCUCACCAUCAAAGAAGCCGACUUUCUUUUCACCAGCUCUCUUACUCUUGCACUUGAUGGGGUCGAGGUGGUUGUCCCUUGCUUAGCGACACUAGCCACUGGUGCUCAGAAUCCGCUCAUCAACGCUGCGGUGGCUGCGGGCGUGACUCGAUUCAUCCUGGCGGAAUUUGGAAUGAAUUCUACCAACCCGUACCGUAUGGCGUUGCCGGUUUGUGAGCCGAAGGUAGCAACGUAUAAAUACCUUCUUGCUAGUUCAGAGGCUAGUCCACACUUUACCUUCACCGGAAUUGCGAAUGGUCUGUUCUUGGAUUGGUGCUUGCAGGCUGGUAUCAUUCUUGAUCUGAAGCACCGCUCAGCAACGUUGUAUAAUGGUGGAGAUGUGCCUUUUACCACGACUACUCUGGCUGAUGUUGCUCGAGGCGUGCUUGGUGUUAUUGAGCAUCUUCAUGAGACUAAGAACCAAAAAGUUUACAUCCAGUCGGCUGGAGUGACCCCAAAUCAGCUGAUAGGAUAUGCGAAAGAAUACGAUGGAGGAAAUUGGACCACGAUGGUGAAGAGCACAGAAAUCUUGAGGCAGGAGAGUCUCCAAGAGCUUGCCAAAGGGCCUGCAGCCGAUAUUGAGCUAGCAAUGCUCGGGUUUUGCAUAGUUGCGUCUUGGAGUCCGGAAUAUAGCUGUGACUUCUCGUCGCAUCUAGACAAUGAGCUGCUGGGUAUCAGAGGGCUGAAUAAGAAACGACAUGAAGAGGUUCGUUGGUAG